AUGACCUUCCCCAGCUGUCUACCGCUAGUUCAGGAGUUGACAAGACCUCAGGGCAGUUACACGUGUUUUGUAGACGCCAGUAUGGCAUCAUAUGGAGCCGCAGCGUACAUCUGCAAUAGCACCGACGCACGACUUGUCAUGGCGAAGAAUCGAGUGGCACCCCUCAAGAAACUCACACUACCACAACUAGAAUUGAUGGCUGCCUUGAUUGGUGCAAGACUAGGUUCCCAUCUACAGAAGUCGCUCAUGGUCACAGACAUUACAUAUUGGUCCGACAGCCAGAUCGUCCUACACUGGUUGAAGUCAUCGAAACCUACCAAGAGAUUUAUUACCAACCGGGUAUCCGAGAUAUCUAACUUAACCCCAGGGUCGUCAUGGAGAUAUUGCCCAACAGAUAGUAACCCAGCGGAUCUACUUACCCGAGGCAUCACUGCAGAUAAGUUCCUGAGUAGCAGUCUAUGGAGUACCGGUCCCUCCUGGUUAUGUGACACUAGUACGUGGCCUACUUGGGAUUCUACACACUGUCAGGCAUUAAUGCAGACGACCAGUGAAGAGCAGACGACAUUAGUUGAUAAUUCUAACAUACUCGCCAACCAGCAGACGACAUCUAGCCAAGACAUUAGCAUACUCCAGUUGAUUGACAUAACCAGAUUCAGCAAAUACAGCAAGCUCCUUCGUGUUACGGCCUACGUACGACGAUUCGUAUACAAUUGUCGAACUACUCAACAUAGAAUGUUAGGUGUUCUGUCUACACAAGAACUACAAGAUGCUGAGCAAAUGUUAUUGCGAGAUUGCCAGGAAACCGCUUAUCCAGAUGAAGUUACCUACCUGAAGUCCCCUACGUCCCGCAUACCUCGUCCAACGCUUGUGAAUCAACUACAGUUGUUUCAAGACGGUAAUUGCCUACUUCGAUGUGGCGGGAGAAUCCAGAAUGCCCCUGUUGCUGAAUCAACGACGUUUCCUUACUUAUUGCCUAAGAAACACCUACUUACCCGCCUAAUUGUACAGAACGCCCAUGAGAAAUACCUGCAUGCCGGAACGAACGCUACAGUAACCAACAUUCGUCAGAAGUAUUGGAUACCGGCCAUUAGACAGUGUGUGAACGCCAUAACCCGUAAGUGCGUGACAUGCAGACGAGUCACCGGGAGACCCUACAGUGUCCCUGAUCCACCAACGUUGCCAAAGAUACGAGUUGAAAAUGCACCUCCAUUCACAGUCACAGGUGUUGACUUUACCGGAGCCAUCCAAACUAAGAACAAUACAGGAACCAAAUCAAAGGCAUACAUAUGUCUCUUCACAUGCGCAGCUACACGAGCCAUACAUUUAGAAGUUGUCACCGACCUAUCAGAAUCUACAUUUAUGCAAGCGUUUAGAAGGUUUGUCAGCAGAAAGUCCCUUCCUAAAGUCAUGAUAUCAGACAACGCUACGACAUACCAGUCUGCUGCUACCAGUCUCAGAAAACUGUUCCAGUCUGCAUCUAUUAGAACAUCACUGAGUGAAAUGGGUACAAAAUGGCGAUUUAUACCUAAGAGAGCUCCCUGGUACGGAGGAUUCUGGGAAAGACUCAUUGGCCUGACGAAGGUGACCCUUAAGAAGAUUAUUGGACGAGCGUACGUUACCCUGGAAACCCUUCAAGCCAUCACUACAGAGGCAGAGUGCAUGAUUAACAAUCGACCGCUGACGCACGUUCCAUCCAGUCCAGAUGAUCCUAGACCACUGACCCCAGCACACCUGUUGUAUGGCCGCCAGACGACAUCAUUACCAUAUUCCAACGACAUUGAUGCCACUAACUGUGAUGUAACGUCAGAUCACACAUCACUUACCAAGCGAGCCCGGAUGCAGCAGACGCUAAUAGACCACUUUCGGCGCAGACGGAUGUCCGAGUACCUGACGGCUCUUCGUGAACACCACCAGAAGACAGGAUGUAACGCCCAAACGAUAAAAGUGGGUGACGUUGUACUAAUCCAUGACGACUCUCCGAGAAUACGAUGGAAACUUGGCCUGGUAGACGAGUUACUCACUGGUAUGGACGGGUUAACACGAGCAGUCAAACUUAGAACUACUACAGGUGUGACGUCACGACCAAUCGUGAAGCUAUACCCACUAGAAGUAGGAAGUGUACCCACCACAGACGACAUCACUGACGAUGUGUGA